AUGAUCUAUAACCUGUACUUACACCCUCUUAAGAAGUUCCCAGGGCCGUUCUGGGGCCGUUCGACACUGCUUUGGCGUUUCUAUCACUCGACCUCAGGCCGCUUCCACCGCCGUGUACAGGAACAGCACAAGAUCCACGGACCCGUAGUCCGUGUCUCGCCCAGCGAACUUUCAUUCGCCAGUAUCGAAUCCUACAAAGACAUAUACGGCCACGCAACCGUAGCACGUCAGGCGUGCAUGAAAGGCGAGUUCUACAGAAUAUUCGGAAGCGGCUUCAAGUCAGCAUGUAUCGCCACGGAACGAAAUGCCGUCGAGCACGAUCGCAUGCGCAAGGCGCUCUCCGGGGCUUUCUCGAUGAGGGCCCUGAUUGAACAAGAAGACAUCGUCAGAGGCAAUAUCGACGCCUUUAUCAAGCGUAUUGGAGUUGACGGUGGACCUGACUCGAAAGGACUGGAUAUGACGAAGUGGUUCGAGAUGGUGUCUUUUGACAUAUUGGGGGACAUGGCAUUCGGUGAAAACUUCGGUAGUAUUGCUCGAGGGUCUCCUCACCCCUGGCAGGAGAUGUUGACGGGACACCUCUAUGCCACUGCCUUCGUAGAUAUGCUUAGGAGGUAUCCCCUAUUCGUCACGCUCGGCAAACUGGUCAUGCCGUUGACUACGUCUAUACAAAAUAAACAUACGGCACUUAGUCGAGAAAAGGUUGCACGUCGCCUCAACUCAACAAACCCACGAGCAGAUUUCAUGUCCCAUCUCAUCAAGAAACUUAACGAAGGCGAAAUGGACAUGGAAGAACUAACAGCACACGCCUCUACCCUGACCGUUGCCGGCGGCGAGACUGUCGCGACAGCCAUGGCCGCAACCACAUGGUAUAUCCUCCACACACCCCACGCGCUCGCCCGUCUCCAGAGCGAGAUCCGCGGCGCCUUCCUCACCUACGCGGACAUAACUGCGACGCGCGCCGGGCAGCUCCGAUACCUACAGGCCGUUAUCCAAGAGGGCCUGCGCAUCUUCCCCCCCGGAUCCCGCGGCUUCCCCCGUACCUCGCUUGGCGUGGAGGUCACUGGCCACUAUGUUCCGCCUGGCACGGAGCUGUACACCAGUGGAUGGACACUGACGCACGACGAGAAGAACUUCCACGACCCGUUUGCGUUCCUGCCGGAGAGGUGGAUCGACCGCGAGUGUAAGGAUCUGAAGGAGGCGAGCCAGCCGUUUGCCGUUGGGCCGAGGGGCUGCAUUGGGAAGAACUUCGCAUACCUAGAGCUCACAUUGAUCCUCGCAACGCUUAUCUGGACCUAUGACAUGGAGUUGGUGGACAAGGAGGCGGGCUGGGAGGAGGAUAGCAAGGAGCAUGUCUUUUGGACGAAGCCGCCGCUCAUGAUUCGAUUCAGACCCGUCCAGCGUGAUGCGACGUGA